CCUAGCAUCAGUCGUUGUGGUCACUGGACUCAGCAGCAAUAAUGAAGUUCGUACGGUUUAUAAUGAAAAACGCCGCGUUGGCCAGCGUGCCCAAACACAUCGAGCAUUUCUCUAAAUUUUCUCCCUCACCGCUCUCCAUGAAGCAGUUUCUCGAUUUCGGUUCCAUUAACGCGUGUGAGAAGACGUCCUUUGUCUUCCUGAGACAGGAGCUCCCUGUUAGACUGUCAAACAUUAUGAAAGAAAUUAAUCUGUUGCCUGACAAACUGCUCACAACCCCGUCUGUGCAGAUCGUGCAGAGCUGGUACAUCCAGAGUUUAAUGGAAAUCCUUGACUUCUUAGACAAGAAUCCUGAUGACUACAAAGUCCUGGGAGAAUUUGUUGAUGCAUUAGUUACCAUCAGAAACAGACACAAUGACGUGGUCCCCACCAUGGCCCAGGGGAUCAUUGAAUACAAAGAGGCCUUUCCACAGGACCCAGUAACCAACCAGAACAUCCAAUACUUUCUGGACCGCUUCUACAUGAGCCGCAUCUCUAUCCGUAUGCUCAUCAACCAGCACACUCUUAUUUUUGACGGGACCCUGAACCCUGUUCACCCAAACACCAUCGGGAGCAUCGACCCUCACUGUAACGUUGGAGAUGUGGUCCAGGAUGCCUUCCACAGUGCCAAGAUGCUGUGUGACCAGUACUACCUCCGCUCCCCAGACCUCAUCCUACAGGAGAUGUGCAGCAAGAAGAAGAAGAACCUUCCGAUGACCAUCGUAUACGUUCCCUCUCACCUCUAUCACAUGCUGUUUGAGCUCUUUAAGAAUGCUAUGAGAGCCACCAUUGAGACUCAUGACAACAACAACAACCUUCCACCCAUUCAAGUCAUGGUGUCUCUGGGAGACGAGGACAUGUCAAUCAAGGUGAGUGACAAGGGUGGCGGUGUCCCCUUUCGGAGGAUCGAAAACCUUUUCAGUUACAUGUACUCCACUGCUCCAGCUCCGCAGAUAGAGGAGCGCACACGGCCUCCACUGGCUGGCUUCGGCUACGGUCUGCCCAUCUCACGUCUCUACGCCAAAUACUUCCAGGGGGACCUGCAGCUCUACUCCAUGGAGGGCCAUGGCACAGACGCUGUCAUCUACUUGAAGGCAUUGUCCACAGACUCCAUCGAGAGGCUGCCGGUGUACAACAAAACUGCUCUGAAGAAUUACAAAGUGAGCCAAGAGGCCGACGACUGGUGCAUACCCAGCAAAGAGCCCCUAGAUCUGAGCAUCUAUAAGGUUCCCAAGUGAAAAUGUCCUCCGGGCCCGGUGCUUCAAGCCCACAUACCAUGAAGCCUUCAGUAUUUCUGUCUCCAUAUUCCCAUGUCAUCAUCUGUCGAGGCAGAUGUGGGCAGCAAACCUUUCUCUACCUGAGAGGGUCAUCUCCAGACUAAAGCAGACUUAUCUUUCAGUCUGGUUUUAGCCGUAGCACUUUUAUGUUGCUUUCAGUCUGUGUUGUCCCUUUGGGUUCGUCAUAGGAAAAUAGAAAAAGAGCUACUAGCAGAGAAUACGUCACCAAUGCAGCACUUUAUGUUGCACGUGCGGGGAGAGUCCGAGAGAACAUGUUAGGGGUGUGGUGUUUAAAAAAAAAAAAAAGUGGACUGAUGGGGUUAAAUAUUCCAGUUACACAUGCAGGAGGGUAACUAGGCAGAUGUUUGAGGAGGGGCAUUCGGAGGUAUUUCGGGAGAAGCUGUAGGAAAUGUCACCCAAGCCUUAUAGUAGCAACUUCACCCAAAGUCUCAUUUCAUUGAAAUACUUGAAGCAUCUAAAAUAAUGCUCAUGUUGCACCUUGAUAAAUUUUUAAAGUACUGUAAUACUAAUGUAUGUGUAGAGUUGAACAAAUGUAUGAGUCAUUGUUUUGCUUUCUGCAUGAUUAUUUGUUUGAGCUUUUGAUAUUUCAGCCUUUUUAAAAAAAAAAAAGGUUUAAUCCCAGUAUUCACUGAUAAGAUACAGUGUUAUCUUAGCAUCAGUUUCCUGGACCAGGC